AUAAAGCGCAUGCGCGCCAGCGUGCUAUAAUCCAAGAUGGCGGAACAAACAACAAGAAGGUAGCGCAAUGGACUACGAAUUUAAACAAAGAUUAAACGAACUCCGAGAAAAGGUGGAGGAUAUAUUUGAGUUUGAGGGCUGUAAAGUAGGUCGAGGAACCUAUGGACAUGUUUACAAGGCGAAACUCAAAGACAGCACAAACGGCAGGGAAUAUGCACUUAAACAAAUCGAGGGGACUGGGAUUUCCAUGUCUGCCUGCCGUGAGAUAGCGCUGCUUCGAGAACUAAAGCACCCCAAUGUGAUUUCUCUGCAACGUGUCUUCCUCUCCCACUCAGACAGGAAGGUCUGGCUUCUCUUUGACUUUGCUGAACAUGAUUUAUGGCAUAUAAUCAAGUACCACAGAGCAUCAAAGGCUCAAAAGAAGACGGUACCAGUACCAAAAAGCAUGUUCAAGUCUCUGUUGUACCAGAUCCUUGACGGAAUCCACUACUUGCACUCAAACUGGGUUCUUCAUAGAGACUUGAAACCUGCCAACAUCCUAGUGAUGGGUGAUGGUCCAGAAAGAGGAAGAGUAAAGAUAGCAGACAUGGGUUUUGCGCGAUUGUUCAAUGCACCACUGAAGCCCCUCGCUGAUCUGGACCCUGUUGUCGUCACCUUCUGGUAUCGUGCACCAGAGCUUUUGUUGGGAGCCAGGCAUUAUACCAAGGCUAUAGAUAUCUGGGCCAUAGGAUGUAUCUUUGCCGAGCUACUGACUUGUGAGCCCAUAUUCCACUGCCGUCAGGAGGAUAUCAAGACUAGUAACCCUUACCAUCAUGACCAACUGGACAGGAUAUUCACUGUGAUGGGCUUUCCACAAGAAAAGGACUGGGAAGACAUCAGGAAAAUGCCUCAGCAUUCAACCCUUCUCAAGGACUUCAGGAAGUCAAAUUAUAUGAACGCCAGCUUAUGGAAGUACAUGGAGAAGCACAAAGUCAAGCAAGACAGCAAAGCUUUCCAAUUGCUUUCUAAGCUGUUGGUAAUGGACCCCAAUAAGAGAAUCACAUCAGAACAAGCCCUCCAGGACCCGUACUUUAAAGAGGACCCACUCCCCACUCAAGAUGCAUUUGGAGGAAGUACCAUUCCGUAUCCCAAGCGUGAGUUCCUGAAUGAUGAAGACAAUGACACUAAAUCAAAUGCUUCCAAGGUACGGACACAACAAGGAAAGCAGGAAAACUCAGACCAGAAUGGUCAACCCAACUCCAAACGCAUACGUGCGCUAUCGGCUCACCAGCCAGACCAGUUCCAGAAACAACAACAACAACAACAAUCCUUCGCAUUCCAAAACCAGAACGGACAACAGCAGCAGCAACAGCAGCAGAGAGUCGUCCACACGAGCGGGACGUACAUGUUUGGCAACACUGGUGGCAGCGGACAGACGGGCUCGUCCUUUGGAAACCAGCAAGGAAGAUUCUAGAGACAUCUAAAGACGUCACCAGAAGGAAGAUUCUAGAGACAUCUAGAAACGUAACCAGUAGAAGUUUCUAGAGACAUCACCUGUAAGGAGAUUCUAGAGACAUUAUCAGAAAGGAAGAUUCUUAAGACAUCUAGAGACGUCACGAGCAGGGAAGAUUCUAGAGACAUAAUCAGCAAGGAAGAUUCUAUAGCCAGUGUCAGAAAGGAAGAUUCUAGAGACAUUAUCGGCAAGGAAGAUUCCAAAGACAUCACCAGCAAGGAAGAUUCUAGAGACAUGACCAGCACGGAAGAUUGUAGAGACAUCUUCUAGAUUCUAGUGACAUCUUGAGACACUGCAAUGAUACUGACAACACCUAUAGUGAAUAGAUUACCUAGAGCGAUGGAUAGAUAAGGAAGUAGACUAGUUGGGAGGGGGUCGGCCAACGUUUGUAUAGAAUAAAUUUACCUGGUAUUUUACCAUACUACCAUACUUAGAUAAUUCAUGAAACGGCAUCAAAAUUUAGAGAAGCGCAUAUUAUGUUUUACGUGAUUCUUAAUUUAUUCCCACCAACAAUGUUUCCUUGGUCGUGCCAUAACCCGCAUGUAGGAUUUUUUUAUUUCGAAGAAAAUGUUCAUUUUUUACAGGAUAACUAUUAUAAUAAAUCAUUCACAUUAUAUGGCUUCUUCUUGAUGAAAGAUUUGAUUAAAGUGAGCCCGAUAUGCAGGA